AUGUCUGAGCAAACUAUAUUACAUAGUGGAUAUUUUCACCCUGUUUUAAGAUCAUGGCAAACUAGUAAUACCUCAAUCCAACCAGAGCAUUUGAUAUAUCCAAUAUUUAUCACAAACGACCCAGAUGCAUUAGAAGAAAUUCCCAGCCUUCCAGGACAAAGCAGAUAUGGAAUUAACACAUUAUUUGAUGCUCUGGAACCCUUAGUAAAGAAAGGGUUAAAAACCGUUCUGCUAUUUGGAGUGUUAUCUAAAACUGAAAAGGAUUCCAGGGGGUCUCCAGCAGACAGUGUUUCUAAUCCUGUUGUUGAGGCAUUGCCGAAAAUAAGAAAAUGGUUUCCGAAUUUACUUAUUGCUUGCGAUGUCUGUAUCUGUCCUUAUAGUAGCCAUGGACAUUGUGGUAUUUUAAAAGAAGACGGCUACAUUGACAAUGAAGCAUCUAUAAAUAGACUAGCAGAGAUCUCAGUCGCAUAUGCUAAAGCAGGUUGUCAUAUAAUUGCUCCAUCAGAUGUAAUGGAUGGUAGAGUUGGUAGAAUUAAAACUGCUUUAAGAAGUCAUGGCAUACAGAAUCACGUUUCAGUAAUGUCAUAUAGUGCUAAAUUUGCAUCAAAUUUUUAUGGACCAUUCAGGGAAGCAGCAAAGAGUGCCCCAGCAUUUGGUGACAGAAAGAAUUACCAAUUACCUCCAGGUUCUAUUGGUUUGGCUGAAAGAGCAGUGGAUAGAGAUGUUGCAGAAGGAGCUGAUAUGUUAAUGAUCAAACCAGGAAUGCCUUAUCUUGAUGUGGUUAGAAUGGCAAAACAAAAGUAUCCUAAUCACCCGUUAGCUAUAUAUCAUGUAUCUGGUGAAUAUGCUAUGUUAUAUCAUGGUGCUAAGGCUGGUGCUUUUAAACUACAAGAUAUUGUUCUGGAAAGUUUACAAAGUAUGAGGAGAGCAGGAGCAGAUAUCAUCAUUACAUAUUUUGUACCCCAGUUGUUAGAUUGGUUGUGUGAGAAUAGAUAA